UGCAAUUUUGUUACACGGGGAAUGGCGGUUCGUAUCUGUUUGGUUUGGAGCAUUGGGUAAUCCUUGAGAUCUAUGUGUCAGUGGAAUGUUUUUAAACGAAAUGUUUCACAACAUAACCAAUUGACUGACCUGCCUGCGGAGUGUUUACAGGUUGCCCCCGCCCCCACCCCACCAACAAGCAGUUACGCGUAGACCCAAUUGUUUAUAGGUGUGAAUUUAAGUGGGUAUGCGUAUUUGUAUCUGCGCGAUCGAGUGACGACUUGUAACACGCCUCGACGACCUACACAAGUGUCAGAUCACCUGGAAGGAUGUCAAAGAUUCAUAGCAUCUAUACUCCCUCCCGUUCCGAGCUCUAUGUAAAAAAACUAAUCUGAGGCUGUAUUCCCUGGAGGAAUGGAUUCAGUUCAAGUUCUUGACGCACCAGAGGCUGACGUUGCAGCCGAUCAUCACGAUUGCGUUGACGUCACCUCUUGGGUAUCAGUGUGUCCUCGUGGCCUCUGGUCAGUCCAGAAGACGCUGACGCACUCCGGAAGCCAACGGAAAAUUUUUAAUCCAGGAGAAGCGCCAUCAGCCGCUUACAAGCCAAGGUUGGGUUCACUGUGUCAUGUCCGUGUGUGUCUCAAAGAUGACACGGGUCAAGAUGAAAUACCGCCCUCUGAAAAACGAGAUGAGACCCAGCAAGGGGUUAUACUUAAUGUUCCAGGAGCAGCCAUACCACAGCGCCGGCUGGACGCUGUUUUACAGGUGGAGCUCGGUGACUGGACCACGCUGAGACUUGGGGAAGGUCAUUGUGAUGUUACAGAAGCUUGCGUGGAGGCCAUGAGAGCAGGAGACUCGUGUGAGAUACGUCUCACUCCAGCGAAUGGAGCAGAGCUGUGUCCUUCGCAGCCCAUGCAGGAAAUACGUGCCACCGUGGAACUCAGUGAUUUCACACCGGGGAAGGAAUCCUGGCAGAUGUCACCUGGCGAAAAAUGGGAGUGGGUGAGGUCCCAUAAGGAGAGAGGAGGCCAGAGGUUCAGAAGCGGAGACGUGUGGGGAGCAGCGGACAGCUACAGUCGCGCCCUGAAACUCGUCAUCGCCCUUCAGGGCUGUGAGGCAGACAGAAAAGAGCGCCAAACGGAAGAACGAAGCGCGACAACAGCUGAAGAUGAACCGAGCUGCCCCACUGUAGAUCAAGUGCAAAGCAUGAAAGCGGAACUUCACUCCAACUUGUCGUUGUGCCAGCUCAAACUGAAGCAGCCAGUGCGGGCUAAAGAAAGUGCUGCUAAGGCCACACGGCUAGUACCGGGGGGCGCUAAAGCUUGGUACCGACUCGGCCAGGCCUGCCAGAUGGUGAAUGAGCUGGAGGAGGCCCGGCUGGCCUUCAGAGAACUCCUCAAGCUGCAGCCGGAUUCCACGGCUGCUGUGAAGGCGUUAAAAGACAUCGCAAGUCAAGAGAAGCAAUCCAAUGCGCAGUUGGGACAGAGACUUAGUAAAAUGUUUAGCUAGGACGCCGUUAGCAUCUCGAUACUGCAGUACUCAUGACAAUUGUUGUGUUUUGUGUGCAUCUCUGCUGUUAGUAGCACCUUUCCUCAUGUUUACAGAAGAGGAAGUCUGAAUCAUUUUCUCACGACCUGUUUGACUCUUGCUGCUAUAUUGACACAGGCAUAAAACUAUUUGUAAAUUAUUCAUGAUGUGCAAAUUUCACAGAAUUAGCACUCAGUGGUGUGUUGUAGGGACAUAAGAUGGCUACUGUGUGAUUGGCAUAUUGCUUUGCAAAUUGAUGCACUUUUUUUUUUCAUUGUUUACACAGCAGCUCUUUGAAUCUGUGAUACAUACCAGAAUCCCAUUAAAAAAGUUUUUCAUAGUCCCUUUUUCUUUAAAGAAUGGUUCACAUAUGUCCAGUUUUGCCAUCUUAUGUCAAUUUAUGGGCAUCACUGCAACCUGUGUUUUCCAUCCCCUCCUGGCUGCCUGCCAUUUCCUUUCCUUUGAGUUGCUGCAUUCCUCUGCUUUUUCCUGGUUCUUCAGGUCAAGUGGCCAGCUGACCGUGGUGGCGCCCAAGUCCAUUUCGAAGCUCAGAGGAGAUGAAACGUUUUACUAUUACUGGUCCCAAACAAUGGAGCUACGCUUCGGUGCACAUUGGAUAAUGGCCACAUUUUAUUUUUUUUAAUUUUUUUUAUAUACUAUGGCACAGCAUGAGACUAUAUCCUUUAGUGAUGUCAUUUGUUUUUGUUUCUCAAAGCGAUUGUGAACAUUAAAUUCUAUGUUCACUUA